ACACUUCCUCUUUUGAGCAUCAAUAUAAACUAGGCAGAAAAUGCCUCUACUGCCAGACCUGCUUCACCAAUCAUCUGAUCUCAACCUCAGCAUGGCACUGCGACCUUCUUUACUGCUGGCAGUCACUGCAGUCUGCUGCUUCACAACCAUCGUUGCAUUCCCAAUGGAUGGCUUUGCUACCGAAAAUAAGUGCAAGUGUCAGACCACCACUUCAUCUAAAAUCCCACCUCGGCUCUUCCAGAGGAUUGAGAUCCUGCCUGCAGGCGCACACUGCCGCAAGGCUGAGAUCUUAAUCACUAAAAAGGACAACCAAACUGUUUGUGUACAUCCUGAAGCGCGGUGGGUCAAAGACAUGGUCUCAAAAAUUAUAAGCAAAAGAGCUGAAAGGAAAACUGCCGAGCCAACUGUGGCAUAAAUCAACACGCACAAGACCAACCACAAGAAUGAUAUUUUCCAUUUUCUUAUCUUUUCCUUUUGUUUGCUCAGCCAACUCGAAUGUAUUGAAUGUUCUCUGUAUUUACUGUAUGAAUCACAAACUUCAAAUGUUGCUAUGA